AUGGCUAUCAGAUUGCCUAGUAUUAUGCAAGCAAAGCAGAUCCUCUGCCGGGGGAGUUUGUUUGCUAACCGAGCAGCUUCAACAUCUUUAGUAGGUGUUCCAAAAGGCUUCUUCGCAGUGUAUGUUGGAGAGAAUGAAAAAAAGAGACACAUGGUUCCAAUUUCAUUAUUGAGUCAGCCUUCAUUUCAAGAGUUGUUAAGUAAGGCAGAGGAAGAAUUUGGAUUUGACCAUCCAAUGCGUGGAUUCACAAUUCCUUGCAGAGAAGAAAUCUUCGUUGAUCUCACUUCUCGGUUGUAUGGUUUGUGA